CUCGAGACCUGUUGAUAUCUUGCUAACCUUCCAUUAAUUGACAUACCAAAAGCUAGCUCGACUCUCAGCUGGACUCUGACUCUCCACAAACGAGUACAUACAUCAUGGCCUCUAAUCCGCCCGUAGAGUCGAAGAAAGUCUGGACGACUCUGAUCACGAAUACUGCCUACCUCACCGGUCUCCUAACGCUCGAUUAUAGUCUGAAGAAGCAUGGCACUGCGUAUCCUCUCGUAGCCCUCUAUACCGACACCUUCCCGCCCGAGGGUCAUAAAGCGCUCGAUGAGCGGGGCAUCCCUAAGCAGCAUGUGAAGUACUUGCUCCCCAAGGUCAGCAAGGACUUCACCAAUGACCCCCGCUUCUACGAUUGCUGGAGCAAAUUGACACCGUUCUCUCUGGUCGAAUAUGACCGAGUGGUUCAGUUGGACAGCGAUAUGGUGGCACUACAGAAUAUGGAUGAGCUCAUGGAAAUGGAACUUGAUCCACCAAGCCUAGCAGGCAAAGGCGACAAAGUUUUUGCGGCGAGCCAUGCGUGUGUAUGCAAUCCGCUCAAGAAGCCACAUUACCCCAAGAACUGGAUACCCGAAAACUGCGCAUUCACUUCGCAGCAUGACACUCCCGACGAUGCGCAAAUCCACGGUGCCUCCCCAGCCUUCGGUCUCGGUAUGCCCAACGGCGGUCUGCAGGUUGUCAAUCCUUCGACCGAAGUAUACCAGCUCAUCGUGGACCAAUUGUCCCAGGAUACGACCAUGGACUAUGAUUUUGCAGACCAGUCGCUACUGGGCGACGUGUUCCAUGGUCGAUGGGUGGCACUGCCGUAUAUCUACAACGCUUUGAAGACAUUGCGCGUUCAAGGCGUGCAUCACCAGAUAUGGAGAGAUGACAAGGUUAAGAAUGUGCAUUACAUUCUUAGCCCGAAGCCUUGGGACGAGAAGCCCGAAGCAACAUCGCAGGAGUCCCACGAUUGGUGGUGGGCCGUUAACACGGAGAGGUUAGAGGCAGAGAAGAAACGAGGUAUUGACGACGGGUUCUAAGCCCUAGACUUGGUGCGAUGGUUUUGAUGCAGGCAUGCGGCAACAUUAUUAAAUCACAUUGACGGCGCGCGGCGGCUACAAUAGAUGGGUACGGGUUGCCAUGACAUGAAUUGAGAACGGUAGAUUAGAAGAGUACAGCGUAUACGGUACAACAUGUAGAGUCGAGAGGUUAAUGACGAUAUAGAAGAUGUGAAAUGUAUGCACGUCGGAUUAAUUUAAAGUGUUUUUUCCCCUAUUGGGACGGAC